GCCCGCUCCCGCGCCUGCGCAGCCGGAGCCGCUCCCGUCCCCGGCUCCCCCCUCCCCUCCUCUCCUCCGGCGAGGCUCGUGUGACCGGAGCGGCGGGAGUCAGUCAGCGCCCGCGGAGGGAGGCCCCGAGCCCGCCACCGCCACAGCCGGCCGCGGAGGGGGGGAGAGGCGGCGGUCUCCUCGGUGUCCGGCACCAUGAACAUCGAGAUCCCGCCGGGCCUCACCGAACUGCUGCAGAGCUUCACGGUGGAGGUGCUGCGGCAGCGGCCGCCCGACCUGCUGGGCUUCGCCGCCGACUACUUCACCCGCCGGCGGGAUGCCCGCGAGCAGGAGGCGGCCGGCGGCCGCAGGGUGGUGAGCUUCGACGGGGAGCCCAUGCAGACGGAGUCCAACGGCGAAGAGGAGCCCGACCGCCGCGACGAGGACUCCGACUCCGACUUCGAGCCUCCGGUCAUUAAACGGUACAACAGGAGAGUAUCAGUUUGUGCCGAGGCUUUCAACCCCGAUGAGGAGGAGGAAGACACGGAACAAAGGGUAGUUCACCCCAAAACUGACGAGCAGCGCUGCAGGCUGCAGGAAGCGUGUAAAGAUAUCCUGCUCUUCAAAAACCUCGAUCAGGAGCAGCUGUCUCAGGUCCUUGAUGCCAUGUUUGAGAGGAAGGUGAAACCUCAGGAACAUGUGAUUGACCAAGGGGAUGAUGGAGACAACUUCUAUGUCAUCGAGCGGGGACUGUAUGAUAUUAUUGUAGCAAAAGACAAUCAGUCGCGCUGUGUGGGCCGCUAUGACAAUCACGGCAGUUUUGGGGAGCUGGCGUUGAUGUACAACACUCCUAGAGCUGCCACCAUUGUUGCUGUGACAGAAGGAGCCCUUUGGGGACUGGAUCGGGUGACAUUCAGAAGAAUUAUAUUGAAAAACAACGCAAAGAAGAGGAAGACAUAUGAAUUAUUUAUUGAGUCUGUGCCCCUUCUCAAAUCCUUGGAGGCAUCAGAGCGAAUGAAGAUAGUGGAUGUUAUAGGGGAGAAAGUGUAUCAUGAUGGGGAACGUAUCAUUUCUCAGGGCGAUAAAGCAGAUUGUUUUUACAUUGUAGAAUCUGGGGAAGUAAAAAUCUUGAUUAAAAGCAAGACUAAGACGAGUAGAGAAGCUAACCAAGAAGUGGAGAUCGCCCGGUGUCACAGAGGGCAGUAUUUUGGAGAGCUCGCACUUGUUACCAACAAACCCAGAGCAGCCUCUGCUUAUGCCGUUGGGGAGGUCAAAUGUUUAGUCAUGGAUGUGCAAGCGUUUGAGAGGUUGCUUGGACCGUGCAUGGACAUCAUGAAGAGGAACAUAACACAUUACGAGGAGCAGCUGGUGGCAAUGUUUGGUUCUAGCAUGGACCUGUUGGAUCCAGGGAAUUAGGCACAGGGUACUUCAAUGCCUUCUUAGUUCGACACAGAAAAACCUAUCGGCAACACAACCCACAAGGAAAAUGGGCACUAAGGAACAGUUCCUGCUGCUGUCUUCUUGGGCAUUUUAGAAACCAUGAACAAGUCUCAGCACAGAUGGAUUGCUCACUCCCUGCCUCCACUUUGCUGCUGAUACUUCAUUAUUAGACCUAGAUUAAAGAUUAUUCUAACCCUAUGUUCACUUACUUCAUUCAGAAUGGCAUCUGUCCAACAGUUCAAGUGCCUGAUGUGAAACCCAAAGUGUGCAAGAUACGGAAGCCUCCUUCCUCUGCUGUUACUGUUGGGAUACAUGUUCAGAUCAGAUUCUGUAGUGGGAGGUUGCCUGUUCAGCAAAGGCAGCCUGUGGAAUAUGAGCCUUUUACGGGCUUAUUACCUUCAUCUGAUGCUUUCCUUUCACAUUGUCAAAUUUGCUUUUAAUUGUAGCAUCUGGGUUUGAAGUUCAGAUAUCAAUGGAGCCAGUUAGUAAGGUGGCACUGAAGUUUUCUUCCACCUGCUGAAAGCAGCAGGUGCUAUGGCUCUUUAAACCAAGUAAACUGAGCUGGGGACAUGGGAGAGUCUGCUUAGCAGCAAAAUGCAGAAAAUGGAGCAUUACGAUAUUUUAAGUGUUUUCUGAGUAGCAAAGAAAAUUGCUUUACUAUAUGCUGCCCAAAAAAGUGCAGUGGUUCAGAUUAAAUGGCUUGAAGGCGUCAUAAUUGUCAUCUCCCCAAAUCUGCUCCUUUUUCCUGACACUGGGUACAUUUUAUUGUGGUGAGAUCACAAUAUAUGACCUUCUCUUGCUCACAGAGAUCCUUUCUACUGCUAGACUUCCCAGGGCGCUGUUGUUGACUGGGUCUGUUUUAAAGCUUUUUAAAAAGGUGAAUGUUUUGUAAUUGAAGACUACUUCUGUACUCGUUUACAGGAGCUCCCCCCAGUCACACAGUUACAUUACACAGUAUUCUGACUUCAUUAGACACUUGGAUGCUCCCAAAUGCCACGUUGAUUUGCUCAACUUUUCAAAAGCUGGCGACAUUUGACUUUGUAAAGCAAAUGUCUUUGCUAACUACGUAGUUGGUGUGUUUGAGGAGUCUUUUUGGUUUAGGUGAUAACUAAGCUACUGAUGUUUAUCUAAAAUACCUGUUAAAUUUGCAGCAUUUAUUAGGUAGAUUCUGUUUCUAUAGCUUUAAUGACCUUAACUGGCGUACUGCUGAGAUUUUAUCAGAGUAUUAUCUCAUUAAGAAUGAGACCAUAUAAGAAGGACAUUUUUAUGGUGUACAAACAGAAUAAUUAUAUUAAGACAUUGAAUUUGUAGGUAAUAAAUCUAGUGACCCUUUGAAUUUGCAUUUUUCUGCAGCUCAUGCAAAACUUACUGGUGUUUUACGGGGUUAUAAAAUUUUAAUUGUGGGUGCUAGUAUAACGGAACCUGCUCUUUUUAUUUGUGGCCACGUGAGCAAGAAUAGAAGGAUGCUAAUGUUGAAUUCCUGCUUCUAGUUAUCACAGUGGAUGUUUAAGGCAUGAGAUGCUUAACUACAACUCCUAAGUUGAUUUCUGGACAAUUUUUUUCCCCUAAAUGGAUGAGCUCCUCCCAGUUCCUGCAAUACGAGUAAGGUGGAAACUUUGUAAGUUUGAAUGGCUGUUGUCCAGUUACUGUAAUUGGAGUAAUAUUUUUAUAUAAUGCAAAUGAUUUGUAACAGACACCACUGGACUAGGUGUUUCCAUAUUAUUAAAGUCCUGGUUGUGAUGUCUAGCGGCUGUUCUAACUGCAUGUAUUUAGAACAGUGAAUUUCCCUUGCUUUACUGGGCUGGUUUUUUGUUGUAAAUUACAGCCGGUACUUCAUUCAUGCUUCCAAGUUUCAACACCAAAGACAAAGCUGUUGUUUGAUUACAGAAUUAAAAAACAGAUAAAACAAACCUAAGCAAAAACAAAUGAACAAAAAGAACCAAACCAAACAAAAAAACCCAAACCAGAACCACAACAAAAUAAACAAAACCCCCACACUCAUCAGGUCCUUGCAUUGGUAACACAUAAAAAUUUAAGAUACUUUGGGCUCCAAGAAAAGAGUCUUUUUGGAGCCAGCUCAUGACUGUCCUGCAAACCACACGUAAGCUGGUCUCCAGGACAGGCUGAGUUUCUGUGCUGUCUAAACUGUCACGUGAACUAAAGAGAAACUGGCCCUGAAUACCAUCAGCUGGCCCUUGUCGCUCCAGGCUGAACAUCCUCUCCUUCAUCCGGGGGAGCCUGGCAGGUUGGUUCUGGUUCUUACAGCCCUUGCUCCUCUGCAGGACAGGACUGUUUACCUCAGCGUACGCAAAUAUUGGCAACGGUUCCGAAGCUUAACCAAAAAAAAAACGGGCGAGGCCGAUGUUAGAUUCUUAAGGUAAUUCUGCCUGGAAGGGAGGAUUUGGUGGCUUCUAGAAGUCAAAAGGAUGAGAAAGUAAAAUCAAAAGAUCAGGUUCCCAUGUGAGCAAGAACAAGCUCUUCAAGUUUUUCCUUCUAGACACCCUGAACAAGGACAGAGUGGGCAAAGCCGUCCUGCAGCCAGGAGCUGUGCGGCGUCACCGUGGUGCAAGGAUGAACCCAUAUGAAGGGUCGUCCUUUUCACAGCUGUAAUUUGCAGUGUGCCUGAUGAGUUUGGUGUGGCUUAACCAACCUCUUCUGCAGAAUUUUGGAGCGUGAAGAUAGCGAGAGAAACUUGUAGUAAGGUACUCAGCGUUUCUGGUCAGAGCACCAGCAAUGAUUAACGUUGGAAGGCAUGUGAACGGUGACAGCGAGACCUGGGAGUGAAGUGAGGUGCCUGUAAAGACCUGCUGGUGUGACUGUGUCUCAGCUCAUCCCUGCUCACUGUGACUGUUCAUCGCAGUUGUUGUGCAGAACAACCCCGGGUUUUUUGUUGUUAUUACUCAGUGUUCAGUAAAUCCACCGUGGAGUCUCUGAAAUUGGCAGCAGAGAGAGAUCUGGUUUUUAAUAAAAGAACUCAGCAGCAAAGUGGGCAAAGAGGACAGUGUCUUUGAGACUUAGAAGAAAAAAGUCUCUUGUUUGCGAUGCCCUGCUUGUGAUUGUUGUGAAGUCAGUGAGAGGAGUUUUCAGUGGUCAAAUAUCCUGGCAUAUGGUCUUUUUGUUUAAUGUCACAGCACAGGUUUCACAAUGUAAAAGAACAAAAAAGGGCCAAAGUGCCCUCUUUUUAGAAACAAAAGUGCAGAACUUAAAGCUGUAAAACAAAACUUUAAAAGCAAAGUGCAAUUUUGCACAGAGGGCAAAAAAUGAAACCCCUUUGAAUGUCACUUCCCUUCUUUUCUGUUGGUUGAAAGCUGACUCUUGUUCUUGACGUGUAUUUGUAAACUAGUCUUGCCAAAAUACAAACAUUUUGGUUAUUUUCACUCCAGCUAAUUGUUGUUGUUAUGGUUAUUGCUGGUUAUUUUCACUUUUUUUUCAAAUCAUACAUUUUAUUUCAAUAGGCCUUCCUUGUGGAUUUCCUCCUGACGGUCUGCAGCACUACACUGCUAUUCCAAGAUGCAAGAGCAAGUCACUAACCUCACAGGAGAACACUCAACUCCGCUUUGCUGGCUGGAGCUAAUAACGUGCUACUAAUUUUCCUCUGCUCUGUGGGGCAGGAGGGGAAUUAAAUUCUGCAUAAAGUUGCUACCUCAAGGCUCCAAGUGCUUUUAAAAGUCUUUCACUUGGGAGAAUUUCAUAAGACAGUUCUUAAGAUUGGUCUGUUCUGAAUUAAAUGUGUUUGGUUUUUUUUUUAAUUGGUUCAUUGAGGGACCCUUAUUUUAAUUCAUUGUAUAUUUACUACUUGAUUCUCAAAGGAUGAACAGCUGCGAAGUUUGGUUCUUGCACUAUAGUGUUGAACGUGAAAGAAAAAUACUUGCCAUAUAAACAUACGGUUUUAACGAGUUAAACCAUUCUGGGGUUCAGCUUCACUUUUGGUUAAUAAAAACCUGACAUGUUGUGUCCAGCCUUCCUGUA